AUGUUCCGAAUCCUCGAGUCGCAAGCUCCGGCCAAACAAACGGCAACGGACACAAUCGAUGUACUCAGCAGUCGUUUGCAGAAUGCAACUCUCCUGGAAGAUCCUUCAGGAGGUCUGCGUUCGUUGAUCAACAGCCUGCGCAACGAUCAGGAAGAUGUGGACACCAUCAAAGUAGUCCUCGAGACUCUUUUGAUGCUGUUUACGCCAGACGAGACGAGCCCUGAAGCGUCAGAUGAAGUAGCUCUGUGGCUGGCAGAUGAGUUCACACAGAGACAAGACAACAUUACAAUUCUUCUAGACCUGCUCGAAACCCGAGAAUUUUACUCCCGUCUAUAUUCCCUUCAACUUAUGUCCCACAUCUGCAGUGCGAGACCGGAACGAACACAAGAGUGCAUCUUCACGGCGCCUUUGGGCAUUUCCAAGCUGGUCAGCGUACUCACGGAUAUCCGAGAGCCUGUUAGAAAUGAAGGCCUAGUGCUUCUCAUCGCGCUGACCCCUGCCUCCGAGGAGCUGCAAAAAUUGGUCGCCUUCGAAAACGCCUUUGAAAUAAUAUUUUCAUUAAUUGACGCAGAGGGUUCUAUGACACAUGGUACAGAAGUGGUUGAGGAUUGUCUUUCCUUGCUCGCGAAUUUACUUCGUUUCAAUGUUUCAAACCAGUCGUUCUUCCGGGAGACCGGCUGCGCAAAGAAUAUCACGAAGCUUCUCAUUGAUUGUCAGCAAGAGGACGACGAGCCUCCUGCGCAAUGGACUAUGUUGCAACGAGACAAGAAUGUUUGGGGUCUUUUGGCCAUCAUUCAGCUAUUCCUGGUUCGGGGUGGUAUGAGUACGCCCAUCAACCAAACAGCCUUUUGGCAGAGUGGUGUCACGGAGCAGGUUUUAAGCAUUGCCUUUGGCCAGAAAUUUAGUGUCAAUGUUACCGCGAAGGCGCUUUCUACCUGCGCUGAUCUCAUCCGAGGAAACUCGCCGUUGCAGGAAAGAUUUGGUGACAUUGAAGUGAUCUGGGGCUCUGUUACACAUGACCCGACGGCCAAUGGCAAUGCAGCAGAGCCUGAACGAAUUAACGUUAUCGAAGCAUUCUUGAAACUAAGCCUUCAACCUUCACCGAACAACAUGCUAGAUGCACGUCUUGCGGCCUGUGAGUGUAUGAAGGCAUUUUUCGCUCACCACACUGGUAUUCGUAUGCAUGUUCUUCGUCGAGCCAUCGAUGGACAUCUCAGCGGCCAGGACCGCAUCCCCAACAUCAUGUCUGUCUUGCUUACGGCACCGGAAUCUCGGGAGGCAAAAGCCACUGCCAUGGAAGUUACAGAGGGCGAUGCUGAAAGUGGCGAAGAGGUUGUUACCAGUGUACAGUCAGUGGUAGCCAAUUUGAUCACUGGUCUGCAACGAGGUGAUGACGAAAGAAUUACUGUUGGAUACCUGAUGCUCCUCUGUGGCUGGCUCUUUGAAGACCCGGAUGUUGUCAAUGACCUCCUCGGAGAAGGGAGUAGCAUUCAAACCCUCCUCCAAGAGAUCAAACACCAAAGAGUUCCGAGCAAGCUGAUUCCCGGUCUAUGCACUGUUUUGCUUGGAAUUAUUUACGAGUUUUCUACCAAAGAUUCGCCGAUCCCUCGAGUCACCCUACACAAGCUUCUUCUCGAACAGCUUGGCAGAGAGCAGUACAUUGACAAGAUCACAAAACUGCGCGAAUGCCCUUUGGUCCGGGACUUUGAGGUUCUUCCUCAGACGGCAGCUGGUCAAAUUGACGGCGGGCUUCCUGAGGUAUUCUUCGAUCGCUCUUUUGUUGAAUUCCUGAAAGACAACUUUAGCCGAUUGAUUCGGGCCAUCGACCGAGAACCUGGCUUCGAAGUCUCUAUCAUGGCCAAUGGGGUUGAGAAGGGUGUCUCUCGCGAGCUUGUAGACUCCCUACGUGCUGAACUUGAUGAUCGGAGCCAGUCCCUCCAGAAGUUGGAGAGCGAGCUUGUGAGCAUCCAACGCAGGCUUGACCAGGAGCAGCUGGACCAUCGCAAGACGAAGGAGUCUGCCUCUGCCGAGAUAUCUCAGUCGCAGCAGGGGACUCAAUCUCUCCUCCAGACACACGAGCAGGCGAUAUUGAAGCUGGAAGAACAACACAAAGCGUCCAAGAACGAGCUACUGAAGCAGCACGGAGAGCAGCUUCGUGCCAUUGAUAAUCAAUUGAAGGCGGCUUCGGCCGACUACGAAAAGAAGAGCGCAAAGGUGAAGGCGCAUCACGACCAGGAAGUUGCUGGCUUACAAAAGACCAUUCGCAAGUUGGAAUCUGACUUCUCGAAUGUUCGUGAACAGCAUGCCGCUGAGGUCGCUAGCUUGCAGGAGACUAUGCGGAACCUAGAGUUCCAACUCUCUCGGAUCCAAGAAGAGCACGCUAGCGAGGUUGAUGGCCUGAGAAAGACGAUCCACGAGCUGGAAUCAACUGCCAGCCAGUCCAAAGAAGAAAUUGCGAGCUUCAAAACCACCAUUGGAAAUUUGGAGUCUGAAUUGGCCGCCGCUAAGGCAGCCAGGGACCAUUAUGAGAAGGAUGUUGCAAGCUUUGAGUCUAAGAUUAAUAGCCUGGAGUCAGACCUCUCUGCAGCCAAGGUGCGCAAUGAGAAGCACGAGGCGGAGGUCGCGGGUUUCAAGACUACUAUUGAGGAUCUAGAAUCGCAAAUAGCCGCGGCCAAGGGUCAACACGAAUCCGAGACAGCUGAGCUCAAAAUGUCCGUGGAGACUCUCCAAGCAGAGCUGGUCACAGCCGAGGCACAGUUGGGCAGAGAUAAGGAGACAGCCAGCGAAGGUUCCAAGCUCAAAUUCUCGGAAUUGGAAGCGCGUACCGCAGAGGCAGAGCGUAAGGCAAAGGAUGCCGAAUUGCAGGCUCAGAGGGCAACCGACGCGCUCCAGAAUAUUCAGGCUCAGCUUGAGAAGGCCCAGUUGGAAGCGAAAGAAAAGGACGAGGCUCGUCAAGCUACUCAGACCGAACUGGAUGACCUUCUCAUUGUCUUUGGUGAUCUGGAGACAAAGAGGAACGAGGACAAGCAACGGCUCAAGGAUUUGGGACAAGAAGUUUCCGAGGAUGAGGAUGAGGACGACGAGGAGGAAUAG